CCAAAAUCGAUACUAGUGUUCGAAUCGGAAGAUCUAUUCGCAACCUUACUUUCACUCCACGCGAAUCUGUAAAGAAUAUAAUAGCCUUUGUGUCAUCCGCUUUAUCAUUAUUCACACAGCACUUGGGAAAUAUCAGCCAUGGCUCGAUUCUCGGAUAUACCACUAGAUUUACUUCCUCUCAUUCUCGAUUACCUCUCAAAAAAGGAAUUUAAUUCCCUUCUCCGAGUGUGUAAGCCUCUCCACCAAGAAAUAAUCCCGCACCUCUACCACGAGAUUACGUUCAAGGCCGAGAACUCUCGAUGGUGUGCUCGACGCCUUGCAUUUCUCCUCCGCACUUUGCUUGAACGUCCCUACCUCGCCUCCUAUGUUACCACUUUCAGGCUCUUAGGAACCCAUCCGUGCUGGACAAAAUACAAUCCGUGGCAAGAAGAAACUAAUACCUCAACGGUCAAUCUCUGGGGUCUAGAAGGCUGCACCGCUCUCUCGAAAGCCCAGAUGAUAUUUGCAUCGAAUCGAUUUUAUCAAUUCGUAGAUGAGGAGAUGCACAAGUCAUUGCCACAGUUGAGAGGACGGAGCAAAGACGCUCUAGCAAUCUUAGUGCUUACUCGAUUCACGGAGCUGACCACGCUGGAACUUGGAGAUGGCUUCCUGAUGUACUCCCUCUUCAUACCACAGAUCCUAAAGCGCGCGGGGCAUCUUCUCCCAAAACUCAGCCAUGUUAUACUUGGAGAUCGAAAGUUGGACACGGAGAACUCUGUAUCUUAUAUGGACCUUAACCUAAUCCGCCCGAUCUUUUAUCUCCCGAAUGUCAAGACGUUUGAAUGGACUAUGUCAGAGCCUUGGCAAUUCCGUUGGAACCAGCCCGCAGCACCCCGGAACGAAAGUCUGACAAAGUUACACCUCUUCCGCAGUAACAUCAGUCGAACUACUUUAGCCCAGCUGUUAGCUGCGACCCCGAAUCUAAGAUCUCUCCACUACGAUUAUGAGCUCCUUUUCAAUAUUCAUGUCCCUUGGCGUCCAAUCGCUUCUCCGGUCCUCCAGCUCGACAACUUGAACUCCGUACUCAAUGGUGUCUUGAACACACUAGAGGAAGUUGAGAUUUCUCUCGGCCUUGCCCCUGGAUCAGCUUCUCAGAAGGAGAUAUUUGAGCAGGGGCUUUCCUUUCCCGUCAUUCAAGGCACAAUGACAGUACUGAAAGACAUGGCGAACCUCAGACGAGUUGAAGUCCCAAUGAUUAUGAUUCUGGGCUGGUUCCCUAACUUCGCCGCCCGGUUGGAAGAAGUGCUUCCGUCUGGUAUCCAGGAGUUGACUCUCCGUGACGACUUCGUGAAGUACUGUCCAUGGGCCGUCGGGUUGAAUUGUAAUAAAAAGAUUCGGAUUAUUGGGGAGUAUAUUAAAGACAGGAACGUUCACGCUCCUAAGCUGAAGACUUUCAAGAUUAAGCUAGUCAGCUCGAGGAAUAAUGAUUGGUUGUAUGAAGCGGUGGUGGAACUGCGAGCGGCAAUUGGUGGAGAGGGUAUUUCAAGCUAUCGCUUUUUGAAGGAGGAUGAGAUGGAAAUGGCUUGUUGGCAUUUUGGUGAGAUGACGGAGCCAGAUUGAAAUAAUGAGAUGGAGAUUAAUACCCGGUACGUUUCCUUCGGACUACACGCCUUGACUGCGCGCAGACCUUG